GAGACAAAUAAACUGAAGUAAAGUAAAUCUGCUUUAUUGAGAAUUUAUUUAAAAAAAAAGGUUAUUUGGUGAAAAUGAAACAAAAUCUAGUUUAGUUCUGAUCUUCAAAACGUUUUUGUGUUUUUGAUGAGCUGCAAAAAUAAACAUUUAUGACGACUUUAAAGACACUGAGGUUUCACUGAUGCAUCCAUGUUCCUGCAGACUUUAUCAUGAACAACGAGGGUCUUCUGAAUCUGCCACGCGCGCUGAUGCCACGCACGCUCUAGGCGCGCGAGGACAGCGGAGAGCGCAUCACAGACAGACAGGGUGAGAGCGGAUCGUCCAGGUGAUGAGCAGAGCCCCGCAGGACAGUCAGGGAUCCUCCCGGAACGUUGCUCUGCUCUUCCAGGGAGUCUGGAGAAAUCCUUUCAGACCAGAUUUCUGCGGAGAGAAGAAGAACAGAGUUCCACAAAGAAAUUUAUGCCCCGCACGGAUUUGUGCUCUUGGAUCAAAGCUCAGGAGUUUUCUGGUUCGUUCCUUCUCUCUCUGAUCUUCAUGUCAAACCUGCAGCCCUAGAACUGUGCGCGCGCAGCUGGCAGAUGAUCCACAAACCGGUGUGAUUGAUGGUUGAUGGGGAGGAUUUCGAAUGUCAGCCGGGACCGUGGUCAUCGCAGGAGGUAUUCUGGCUGCAGUCAUCUUACUGACCAUCGUUGCUGUGCUGUGUUUAUGUAGAUUACAGUAUUACUGCUGCAAGCGGGAGGAGUCUGAGAAGGGGGAGGAGGAUGAACCAGAGCUCACCACUAUGUCUCCCUCCCGCCCCCUGGCUCUGUGUGCUCCUCCCACACCUCCCACCCCAGAGCACCACAGCAAUGAGCCAGAGACAUAUCCCCCGACCUUUCUGACCGAGGCUAAUGGGCCUGCUAGCUACUCCCCCCCAGCUCCUCCACGCCGGUGCCAGCGUGCGCAGGCCUUCUGCCCAUCCUGCGCUCGCUGCACGCUGCCGUUCUACCUGCAGCACCCUGAGAGGCUGUGCAACGGUGGCCACCGCAUCAGCUACAGGACUGUGCAGCAGCAGGACCUGGAACUGCCAGUGGACCUGGCCAACUUUUACCAGAACUUGAUCCGUUCCUACACCAGGAAAGAGGUGGUGUCCCACAGCAUCAGCACCGAUGUGUAGCUCUGCUGAUCAAACACAGUUCUGUAGGUUUCAGACUGCAGCAGUCACAUGGACUUACUGCUGCAUAGACCAGAACCAUCAUCAUGGCUUUGUGGGCUUGUGUCUGCUAACUAACUAGUUAAGUAGAUAACCAUGUUGUAGCUAACAGUUAAGCCCGGGGACAGAUGUUCAGACUUAAAAUUCGUGUUAUGACGAAUUCGUAUCUAACAUUUGGACCCAAGUGGCCUGUUUGUGGUGAAUCUGAGUCUGUUUCUGUUGAUGUAAUCCCUCUGUUUCAUAGGGCUCCAAAACUGCAAAAAAAAAAAAA